AACUUCAAUAUUAUCUCUCUCUUUUGAAUCAACAACUACCGAUUGAAAGUCAAUUUAUUAGCAAAUUGGCUGAUCAUUUAAAUGCUGAAAUUGUAUUAGGUACUAUUAGAAACCGUGAAGAAGCAAUUCAAUGGUUGGGAUAUACUUAUCUUUAUGUUCGUAUGUUACGUAAUCCUACUCUUUAUGGCAUUUCACUAGACUAUUUGGAUGAAGAUCCUUAUCUUGAACAGAAACGUGCUGAUUUAAUUCAUUCAGCUUCAUUAUUGUUGGACAAAUCUAAUUUAAUCAAAUAUGAUAAAAAAACAGGUAGAUUCCAAGUUACCGAAUUAGGCCGUAUAGCUUCACAUUUUUAUAUAACACACACUUCAAUGGCGACCUAUAAUCAACAUUUGAAACCUAUGAUGGGCCACAUUGAACUUUUCCGUGUAUUUGCUCUAUCUGAUGAAUUUAAAUAUAUUCCGGUCCGUGAAGAAGAAAAACUUGAAUUGUCAAAAUUGCUUGAACGUGUCCCUGUUCCUGUUAAAGAAGGAAUUGAAGAACCAACAGCAAAAAUUAAUGUAUUAUUACAAGCCUAUAUCUCGUCAUUAAAGUUAGAAGGAUUUGCUUUAGUAUCGGAUAUGGUUUAUGUUACUCAAUCAGCUGGCAGAAUUCUUCGUGCUAUGUUUGAGAUUUGCCUUAAACACGGUUGGGCGCAACUCUCUAGGAGAGCUUUAAAUCUUUGCAAAAUGGUGGAAAAACGAAUGUGGCUUUCAAUGACACCAUUACGUCAAUUCAAACAAUUAUCAAUGGAAAUGAUAAAAAGAAUCGAGAAAAAAGAGUUUCCUUGGGAAAGAUAUUUUGAUUUGAAUGUUCAAGAAUUGGGCGAACUUAUUGGUGUACCUAAAGCUGGAAAAAUGCUUCAUAAACUUGUUCAUGAAUUUCCCAAAAUAAAUUUAGACAUGACUGUGCAGCCUAUAACAAGGUCAUUGUUGAAAAUUGAAUUAGAAAUUGAACCAGAUUUUCAAUGGGAUGAAAAGGUUCAUGGAAAUGCUGAGGCCUUUUGGAUUAUAGUUGAAGAUGUGGACGGAGAGGUUAUUCUUUACCAUGAUUUAUUUAUUCUAAAACAAAAAUAUGCAGAAGAUAAACAUUAUAUAAAAUUAACGGUGUCAUUGUUUGAACCUUUACCACCAAAUUAUUUUGUUUCUGUUAUUUCAGAUAGGUGGUUACACUGUGAAACAAAAUGGCCAAUUUCAUUUAAACAUCUGAUACUACCAAAAAAAUAUCCUCCUCACACUGAACUUCUUGAUUUACAACCAUUACCUGUUUCCGCUUUACAAAAUGAUGAAUAUGAGGCCGUUUACAAUGAAUGGGUUGAUAAGUUUAAUCCUAUUCAAACACAAGUAUUUAAUGCUUUGUACAAUUCAGAUGAUAAUGUAUUUGUUGGAGCACCUACAGGAAGUGGAAAAACUGUUUGUGCAGAGUUUGCAUUGCUCCGACUAUGGUCUAAACCAAAUCCUGGUCGAUGUGUAUAUAUUGCGCCAUUUCAAGAGGUUGUUGAUCGGCAGGUUGUUGAAUGGAAACAAAAAUUUGGCAGGAUUAAAGGUGGAAAGAACAUAGUAUCACUUACUGGUGAGACAAGUGCUGAUCUACGAUUGUUAGAAAGCGGCGAUGUAAUAUUUGCAACUCCAACUCAAUGGGAUGUCAUGUCACGUAGGUGGAAGCAACGAAAAAAUGUUCAAACAGUUUCUCUAUUUAUUUCCGACGAGUUGCAUUUAAUUGGAAGCGAUAUAGGACCAACAUAUGAAAUUAUUGUUUCUCGAAUGAGAUAUAUUGCACAUCAAACUAAAAAUUCAAUUCGGAUUAUUUGUCUGAGUACAUCACUUGCUAAUGCUCAAGACCUUGGAGAAUGGAUAGGGGCAAAGCCCCACACUAUAUUUAACUUUCAUCCUAGUGUUCGACCUGUUCCUUUAGAAAUACACAUACAAAGUUACAACAUCCCACAUUUUGCAUCAUUAAUGAUGGCUAUGUCUAAACCUACAUAUGUUGCAAUUACAACAUAUUCAGUAGACAAGCCAGCAAUUGUCUUUGUUCCUUCACGUAAACAGUGUCGCCUGACAGCUGUAGAUUUACUUACAUUUUGUGCAGCAGAUGGAUCAAACGAUCGUUUCCUCCAUGCCAACCACGAAGAUAUUGAAAAACAUCUAAGCAAUCUAAAUGAUAACGCAUUGGCAGCUACAUUGAGUCAUGGCGUUGGAUAUUAUCAUGAAGCUCUUAGUAAACAAGAUAAAAGGAUUGUAGAGCAAUUAUUUGAGAGUGGAGCUAUUCAAGUGGUUGUUGCUUCACGUGAUACCUGCUGGGGCUUGAAUUUAAAUUGUCACAUGGUUGUUAUUAUGGGAACUCAGUACUAUGAAGGAACAUCACACAUGUAUGCUGACUAUCCAAUAUCUGAUGUUCUUCAAAUGAUGGGUCGAGCUUGUCGUCCACGUCAAGAUGAUACAGGACGUUGUGUGCUUAUGUGUCAAGGAAUUAAAAAAGAUUUUUAUAAGAAAUUUUUAUAUGAAGCAUUACCGGUUGAGUCACAUUUACACAACUUUUUGCAUGAUCAUUUCAAUGCAGAGAUAGUCACCAAAACAAUAGAAAAUAAGCAAGAUGCAGUUGACUAUCUGACAUGGACAUUUUUGUAUCGCCGUAUGGUUGAAAAUCCCAAUUAUUAUAAUAUGCAAGGAUCUGACCAUAGACAUUUAUCAGACCAUUUGUCAGACCAAGUUGAAAAUACAGUGCUUCAACUUGCAGAGGCACAAUGUAUAACAAUCGAAGAUGAGUUAGACUUGGCACCUUUAAAUUUGGGAAUGAUUGCAGCUUAUUACAAUGUCAGCUAUGAAACUUUAGAAACAUAUUCUAAGGCCUUAACGGAAAAAACUAAACUCAAAGGACUUUUAGAUAUUAUUUCAGCUGCCAAAGAAUUCUUUUAUAUUCCAAUUCGACAUCAUGAAGACAUUGUUUUAAAAAGGAUUUAUGAUCGACUUCCAUUUAAACUUGGAAAUCCUGAUUUUAAUUCAACCAGAACAAAGACCAACAUUCUUUUACAAGCGCAUUUUUCAAGAACUCAGUUGCCACCAGAUUUUUCUAAUGGAUAUCUUAACCCAGCAAUAGCAGCAAUGGAAUUAGCACAAAUGUGUGUACAAGCUAUUUGGGAUCAAGAUUCACCAUUGAAACAAAUUCCAUACUUUACAACGGAUCUUAUUAAACGUUGUGAAAAAAAGGGAAUUGAAUCAGUAUUUGAUAUUAUAGAUUUGGACGAUGAUGAUCGAAACAGUUUACUUCAAAUGAACAAUAAACAACUUCGAGAAGUUGCUCGUUAUGUUAACAGGUAUCCAAAUAUAGAAUUUAACCAUGUUUUAUUGGACAAAGAUGAACUUGUGGCAAAUUCACAGGGUACCAUUGAAGUAUCAUUGAAUCGAGAUAUUGAUGAAGAGGACGAAGAAGAUUUUAAUAUAGGUCCAGUAAUUGCACCAUUCUUUCCGUUGAAAAAAGAUGAAGGGUGGUGGAUUGUAGUUGGUAUUUCAAAUGAUAAUUCAUUACUUGGCAUCAAACGUAUCACACUUAACAAACGGCUUAGAAUCAAAUUAGAUUUUACAUGUCCAAAUAAACCUGGCGAAUACAAAUUGAGAAUAUAUUUUAUGUCCGAUUCUUAUGUGGGAUGUGAUCAAGAAUUUGAUGUUGAUAUUGAUGUUAAAAAGGGUCCAGAUGCUGGCCAGGCUAAAUAA